AUGAAUGAUCAAAAAAAUAAUAUUUUCGCUUCAACCUGUUCUACUUACACGUCUGAUAUUGGCACUUCUGGCGGAAAUGCUUUGACUACCAAUUUAAAUAAUAUUAAUAAUGAUCCUUUUGUAAUUUCAACUCGUUCUCAAUUUUUACUUUCGCCUCAACCUGAAUUUUCACAUUCCCAAUUUUUACACGGACAACAUUUACUUGUCGAAACACAACAGUCUCAACCUUUUUUUCCGCUAAAUCCUCAUCCAAGCCAUCAUCGGAAUGAGCCUAUUACUCCUCAACAAAAUAAUCAAGCUAAUACAAUUAAUAGUAACAUGAGUAAUAUGAAUAACAUGAAUAAUAUUGUUGAUAAUUUUGUCACGUCUUCUCAAGCUGCUCAUUUUCCAAAUUCGAAAAUAACUUCAAGCAACAACGACGACAAUGACAACGACGACAGCGGUAAUGACAAAAAUAACAUUGGUAAUGCUUUUGAUUUAUAUCCAAUCGGACUACUACCACCACAACAGCAAAUCCAAUAUCCGCAAUCACUGCCGCAUUCUCAAAUUACACAACAACAAAGAGAACUUACGGCUUCGAAUUCUCAAGUAAGCUAUUAUGAUCAUCAUCGAAAUGGACUGAUUAAUCCUCAAUCAAGUGAUCAAACACAAUUUGUAAAAAUUAGUACUGAGAAGGUUUAUAUUCCCACAGAUCAAGAAUUGUAUGAUCAAAUUAAAAACAAUUGGAAUUGGGAAUAUGUAGAUUUCUUGACGGAUGUUGAUACCAACAGCGUUAGAAGAACAAAUUCUGAUGCCCCAGAAAAUAUUACAUAUUUUAGAACAUCCUCCAUUAAAUCUGAAUUAACUUCUUUCUCUUACAAAAAGUAG